AUGGUUCCUUCUAGCACGAAGGCAGACAAUAACGAUGUUUCGACUACGGCAAUAUCUACGCAUGUAUCCGUAGCGGUGGAACAAAAAGGGGAAGCAAAGUACCGUGCUUUAGUGAUUGAUUCCGGUCCGAUCAUUCGUCUCGCUGGCCUGACGACUCUGUGGCGUCGGGCGGAUUCUUUCUAUACGGUGCCGGCCGUACUGCAAGAAAUCCGAGACGCCAAAGCUCGUCAGCACUUGAAUACUCUGCCGUUCGAGCUGAAAACACGUGAACCGAGCGCGGAAGCAAUCCAGGCCGUCGUGGAGUUUUCUCGUCAGACGGGCGAUUAUCCCAGCUUAUCGUCGGUGGAUUUGCAAGUGCUCGCGCUGUUGUACGACCUCGAAAAGGAAGGAUGUGCAGAUAUGAGUCACGUGGGGAAAACUCCCAAGCGGACGGUAGGAGUUGGAAAGAUUCAAAUAUUGGCAAACGAUGCCGAAGGUAGCAUUACGGCAGCCCGCCUCGAGCCGCAGGUUGAUCAUUGUGGAAUGGACGACUACUCGCAGCAGGAAGCCAAAGACCAAUCCAUACACGACGAUGGAGAAAGUACGGUGGACGAGUAUGAUGAUGAAAGUGUGACAUCUGAAGACUUAGAACUGGAAAAUGUGUCACAAACAAAUGAUCUGGUAGUGCCUGCGAGCGCAAAGCCCCCCAAAACGUGGGCGGCCCUUGUCAAUCCAAUUGCCGCGUCGAAGGAAUUACCAAAGAAUGACAGUAUUGCCAAACCCGUCUUUGAUCAGGCUCUACACAUCCCUUUUGGUCGGAUGAGCCUACGCUCGGUGGCCGCAAAUAACAACAAGGAGGAGAAUGGACAGUUUAGCGAUGCAGAUAGCGACCGUGGCUUUUCGUCGGAGGACGAGGAAAGCGACGAUGACUUUGACUCCAAUCAGGAAAUUAGUGACGAGGAAUGCGAUGUAUAUAUAUUGGAUCCGGAGGAAGUGGAGCGAAAGAAUAAGACGUUCGAUACUACAGUGCAAGACGAGCACUUGUCAGACUUUCCAAGUCUCGCUGCCUCAAUCCGUGUUCCAUACGAAGAAGCAAAUGAUGAUGAAAGAGAUGCACAAAGGCAAAUUGUGGAAGACCGACGGAAGCAAAAGUCACUACAGCCCGUUUCAAAUUCCGGGAAGCUUUACAACUCAUUUCGAAAAUAUACGAAUUUGAUGAAACCCAAGGCUGCCAUCAAGAAGAAUACCCCAAAGGUGACAUCAACAGUGUCAACACCCGGCGAGAAGUACGACGAACUUCGUACUCAAUCCACAAUCGAUAAUACCCAGUCACGAAUUAUUGGCGGCACGGCGUUUGCUGGCCAGGACGCCGAUUUUGUCGACGACGGAGAAGGCUGGAUCACUUCUACAAAGGAAAUAAAAACCUUACGUGCAGCUGGGAGUUUGGAUCCAAUGAAGAACUUAGGCAAGAGUGGUGAGCUGGUAACUACUGCCAUGGGGCCAUCGGUCGGACAACGCGCGGCUUGUACCACAACUGACUUUGCUAUGCAAAAUGUAAUUUUGCAAAUGAAUUUGGAGCUUUUAUCUGUGGACGGUAUCAAAGUUCGGAAAUUGAAGUCAUGGGUGACUCGCUGUGGAGCCUGCUACAAAGUCUACACUAGUCAUGAGAGUUCUGGUCCACUGGGAAAGCGACUGUUUUGUGAGCGAUGCGGCAGUGAUAUGAUCCAACGGAUUGCUGCCAGUGUCGAUGGCAAAACAGGACGCCUGCGGCUCCACUUGUCGAAGCGGUAUCGUCACAACUUACGCGGAACCAAGUAUUCGUUGCCGAAAUCGGGGUCAGGCAACCGGUUCCAGGGAGAUCUUUUGCUUCGUGAAGAUCAACUUUUGAUGGGAGCAUGGAACCAAAAGUAA